AGCUGGAAGCCUGCACACAUUCCUGGGCCACCUGCAGAGCUGGCGGAGGGAGCACCACCCGAGUGGACUGUGCUCCCACAGCAUCACUGGAGCGCCAGAGACCAUCCGCUGCUGGGACCCAGUGUAAAACCAGCUGCAAGGCUGGAACGUGGCCCUGGAACACCUGACCGUGGCAGGCAUGAGGGCAGAGAAGCUUUUCCAAAAGAUUACGACAUAGAGGGUCCUGAGCCUGUAAAAAAAUUGUGUAAUUCAACGUACCAGCGGUUUGGAACUGAUGAACCUCCAGUUUGGAUAUCAGAAACACAUGAGCAGAUGGCUCAAAUUCGCUUCAACACAGAAAUGGCUGAAAUAAAGAGCAAGGCCUUACUGAAUGGGGAUACAUUAAGCUCUGGGAUUAUUGAAAGGGACACUGGAUUGCCUGCCAAGGGCUUUGGAGCCAUCUUUACAAGACACCCACCAGAUCACCACAAAAUGGAUUUCUUGACAAGUUACUCGCAAGAAUACGUUCCGCCGUACCCUUAUCAACCACGUGGUUGUCACCAGGAAGAUGAUUAUUCAAUAGUGCACAGAAAAUGCCGUUCUCAAUUCACAGAUCUAGAUGGUUCCAAGAGAUUUGGCAUCAAUCAUUGGCAUGAUGAGAGUGGAAUUUAUGCUAAUUCACAUGUAAAACAAAAACUCUGUCCAUUAACGGAUGGUCCCAUUGUCCCAUUUAAACUAUAAUGCAUGGAUCAGACUCUGUCCUUCUAGUAAAACAAUAACGGUGGUA